UCCUGUUCCAAACCACGUGGACGCGCGCUGGGCACUGCGGGGCAACCGUGGCGGCGCCGCGAUCAUAACAACGAGUGCGCUUUCUCGUCUGCCUGCUUGGCUGGCUCCGGACCUGGCGGCUUGGCUCGGCCGGGGGCAGCGGCGCCCAGCCAGUUAACAUGGCGAGCCAGUCUCCCUCCCUCAGCUAUGUUGGGUGCAACUUUUUGCGGCAGAGGCUAGUGCUCUCCACGCUGAGCGGGCGGCCGGUGAAAAUCCGCAAGAUCAGGGCCAAGGAUGACAACCCCGGCCUCAGAGAUUUUGAAGCAAACUUUCUCAGGCUGAUUGACAAGAUAACCAAUGGCUCUAGGAUUGAAAUAAACCAAACAGGUACUACUUUGUAUUAUCAGCCUGGCCUGCUCCAUGGGGGUUCACUGGAACAUGACUGCAGUCCAAAUCGUAGUAUUGGAUAUUAUCUAGAGAGUCUUCUCUGCUUAGCCCCAUUCAUGAAACAUGCACUAAGAAUUGUUCUCCGAGGUAUAACCAAUGAUCAAAUAGAUCCAUCAGUGGAUGUUCUUAAGGCAACUGCUCUACCUUUGUUGAAAAGAUUUGGAAUUGAUGGUGAAGAAUUAGAAUUGAAGAUAACGAGGCGAGGUAUGCCCCCCAAAGGAGGAGGGGAAGUGAUCUUCACUUGUCCUGUGAAGAAAGUAUUAAAACCUAUUCAGUACAUUGACCCUGGUAAAAUUAAGCGUAUCAGAGGUAUGGCCUAUUCUGUCAGGGUGUCCCCCCAGAUAGCAAACCGAAUUGUGGAUUCUGCAAGGAGCGUCCUGAAUAAAUUCCUACCAGAUAUUUACAUUCAUACUGAUCAUAUGAAAGGGACCAGCUCUGGGAAGUCUCCUGGCUUUGGUCUGUGUCUUGUGGCAGAGACUACAAAUGGGACUUACCUUAGCGCUGAACUAGCCUCUAAUCCCCAGGGCCAGGGUGCUGCUAUACUUCCAGAAGACCUUGGUGUAAACUGUGCAAAGUUACUCCUUGAAGAGAUCCACCGAGGAGGGUGCGUGGACUCAAUAAACCAAAGCCUCAUUCUGCUUCUUAUGACCCUUGGACAGCAAGAUGUUUCCAAAGUCCUCCUGGGACCAUUAUCACCUUACACAAUUGAAUUUCUGCGACAUUUGAGAAGUUAUUUCCAGGUUAUGUUUAAAAUUGAAACCAAAUCGUUCGAAGAGAAAAGGAAGGGAGGUGAAAAAGUCUUAAUGACCUGCGUUGGCACUGGGUUUUCUAAUCUUAGUAAAACAGUAAAAUGAUAUUUUGCUGAUGGAUUUCAAUUAAAAAUACAAUGAUAAUUAAUGUUUUUAUUGAUAUACUGUACUUUUCUGCACAUGUUCAACUCAGGAAAAAUAUCUGGAUUUUGUGUGUGCGACUGACUCACUUUCUAAAGCAGUAGAUGUUGCAUUUUAAUCACUUUGAAAGACAAUUUCAAGACACUGUUUUGGACUUGAAGGACAUUUUGGAGGUUACAUUUAUUGAAGAUACUUCUAAGCAUUUAUGGUUAGUUUUGGAGUUGGACAUUCUAGGUGUUGAACAUGACCCACAAUCUACAUCUUUAUUCUUCCUUUUGUUGUGGAAAGAGCACGUGCUAAAAUCUUGUUCAAUAUCAGAUGCAACAAUAAACAUAUUUAUACUAUA